CUGGAUGAUAAUAGGGCAGUUAUUUAAAUUUUUUCUCAGGUUUGCUGUCCCAACACAUUCCUAAGCAGAUAAAAAUUACUCCAAAAACUCUUAGAGCUACAGUUUGAGGUUCGUAAUAACCUUGUAAGGAUAAGGCAGGCAGCUGGCAGCCCGUUCUACUGCUGACGCCGUUGGGCUGCCUACUGACCAGGCGCCAAGCGAGGUCUGGUGUUCUCUUAUUUUUCUCAUAGUGAGAUUGAUUCUUUCUAAAUUUUUCAUACAAACCUAGGGUGGGUAGGGGAAGCCUUAGCCUUCCCCACUUAGAUUUACGUGCGUUCUAAGAGUGUUUGAACGGGGAUUUGGCACAAUUAAGGUCUAGGUCAUCUUCAUCUUCCAGCUGAGUUGCAGUUACUAUCUGCUUAUUCACAAAUUAAGGUAUCUCAACCUUGCAAGGUUCAAAUAUGCAAAACAUAAUACCGCCUAUCGUGUCCUCGUCUCCCCCUCCUCUUGACCCAAUUGAUGAUGACAAUGAUGAAGAUGAUAAUGAAGACGAGUUUGGAGAUUUCAGCGUUGCUGAUUUUGGGUCUUCUGCGGAUUCUGCAAUGCAGAAGUCAAUACCGGAUACCUCCUGGAAAUUACCUACGUUGAAAUCAGACGUCCUUGAAAAUGGUGUGGUAUCUCUGAAGUUACCUGUAGAAGACACACCACCACAAUCUCAGACUGAAGCCUUAGAAGAUGAAGAAUUGUUUGAGAAUGGUGAUAAUGCUAGUCAUGAUUCAGUUGUGUCUGCCAUUACUGAUUCAGGGAACUGCAGCGCAAGCCAAAACAGCAAUGGGACGUCUCCUAUGCCUGGUGCAGAAGUAGAAGAUGAAGCAGUUCUCAAGUCAGAUGCUUGUCAUCUUCAACAAAAUGGUGGUACAUGUGAAACACCAUGCAAUAGAACAGAUUCUGGUGUGCAGAACUGUACUGUUCCUGUUCCAAACCAAAUUUUAAGUGAUUUCUGUGAAGCAAGGGACAUUGAUGAAAAUAGGACUCUUAAUAUAAGCAAUAAUUCAUUGGCAGAUGGUUCUUACCAACAAUCUGCAUGUACUUUAGUCUCGUCUCCAGCCAAAAAAUUUUCAGAUGAAUUUUCAAGUACGGAACUUGUUGUUGACCAAAAUGAAGGUUCAAAGGCUCAAGUUGUGAUAGCAAACAAUCCUGUAGAGCAAAAAAGUGACACAACUUCAUUUCCUUCAGUAAUGCCUAAAAGUAAUAAUGACGAUUCUGAUGAAUUUGGAGUGUGGAAUAGCAGCACUGUUCCACUUAAACUAAAUAAUUUUCAAUCGAUAGAUUCACAAAGUAACUUAGGCUCUGAACCCAAGUCAGAUCCUGCUACCUUGGCAAAAGUUUCGAAAACGGAGGUAUCCAAGGGUUUCAACGGCCUCGAAGACCAUGAUUGCGUUCGGGGCAUGAUCAUACCGGACAUUCCAGGUUUAGGCGAUUUUGAUGGUGAUGAGGAUGAUGAUGAUGAUUUUGGAGAAUUUCGUGGCAUAGAAUCUCCAGGCAAAUGUUCCUCUGAUGCUCAGAGUAUUGAUGAAUCUAUGAAUGAUGCCCAGUUUCAAUCUCCGUCCAGGAGACCUACGCUAGUGCUCUCAGAUAAUAUUGUUACUGAUAUGUCUGACACUCAAUCACCAUCUACCGUUGAAAAGAACAAGGAUGCUUCUCAGCAACCCACAGAUGCAUCCUCCAUUGAGAUCAAUAUUAGUUCUUUGGAAGAAAAUAGCUCUGUAUUAUGUCAAACAACUAAAGAAGAAAUCAAUGUCAUGCCUUCUACCAGCCUUCAUUCUUCUGAAAUUCCUGCAUUUGCCGAUGAGUUUGCUGACUUUUCACAAGCGGAGAUCGAAGAAAACCCUGCAUCUGAUGGAUGGGCUCAAGCAGCUCGAGCAUCAGCAAUUCAAAAUACAAUGCCAUCCCAAGAUCCAUUGGAAUUUGAUGACUUUGAUGAUUAUGAAUCGGCAGAAUUUCAAUCAGCUGACCCAAAACCAAACAUUGCGCCAUGCCCAAAUUCUCACUUUGACCUGAACAAAAUUCGCUCCACAUUAGGUGAAGUAUUGAAAGAGAACUUUCCUGUUCCUGCUGAAAGCAACAUGUCGACUGAAAUGGAAAAUAUGGGCACAAAUGGUCUCUCUGGACUUAUAUUAGACAUAGAAGAAAGUCCUGUCUGGCAAGGCUUGCGGGACCUUGAGGCCACACCUUCCAUAUCCUUUCAAUGGCCAGGUUCCCAUGCCAAUAGAGGCCUACUGGGUGCCCUCAACAUUGACUCUCGAAACAUACUUUUUGGUCCUAAAUGGAACACAGUAGUUCCCCGCUUUGCUGCAAACCUUGGCUUUAGUCCACUUGAACCAGUCCGUGCAGUCCAAAACCAACCACCUUCUGAACCGUCCCCUAGACCAGAAGUGAUUCAACCUCAGGUAGUGGAGAGCAUCAAACGUUCUUCUUCUGAGCACGGAGAGGUGGUACCUGCUGCUCAAUUUGACUGGAAUGAUAGUGGACUUACCAACCCUCUUGACUCAUCCACUCAUUCGUCACUCCUGGAUCUUGAUCUCCUUGCCUCAUUCGAUAAUCUGGCCUCCUGUCCCUCCCAACCUAUGUCCACCUCUCACGCUGCCGUGGUGUGCCGGAGCUUACUCACUACCAAGGACCCAAACAAUGGUGCUCUUGCAACCACGGCAGCAAGUGGAAACCCAGCUAUGACAACCACGCCUCUGCAGGUGGAACAGCUGCUAGCUUCCUCCAAAAGAACUGCACCGCUGAAUUCUCUGGAGAGAAAGACCAGAGACCCUACAUUAAGCCCUGAAGCAGUUCGUGUUUUGGAUACACUUCCAGAACUGGCAUUUCUUUCUGCCCGUAUGUUAAUGUUUCCAGUUCAUGGAGAUCGCAAUGAGAACAAAUUGUGACAAAAGUGUUGUAAGAGAGGCUAUGGUGUUUUGAAAACUUGACUUCCAUGUAAUUUGAAUUCUGGCACUUGAUCACAUCUGGUCUCUGUGGAUUGCUUUAAAUCAAUUUGAGUUCAAAAUUGGUCUUUUUUCUUUUAAUAAUAUUGUAUGAUUUUUCUCAUAUUAUUUUACUCUCUUUUUAUAAAGUUAAAAUGAAAUGUAAAUUUCCACUUUCUAACAUCUGAAAAUUUUUUGGUCACAUCUGUUUUCUGAUUUUACUUUGUUGUUUUUGCCGAAUUUUAAUGUACUGUACAAUGGUUAGUACUGCAUUGCUUCAUGUUGGUUAGGCAGCAGUGUUAUUUCCUGAACCUUAGGCGAGCAUAUCAACAUUAUUUUUGCUCAUUGUGAAUAGUUGGUCUAAUAUGUAAUUUUUUUAUUGAUAUGUGUUUAUGACAAGAAUUUAACAUUCAAUUGAAGUGUUAACUUAUGUAUUGCUAAAUUGGUUUGCUCAAAGUUCAUGCAGAUGUGAGUGUGUUUGCAUUUUGGUUUCAAGACCAGAGAUGAAAUUGCAAUGCUCAUUACAUCCCAUGUUAAUCCUGUGUUUCAUUGCUUCUCUUCAAAUGUAGCUCUCAACAGUCUCAGGGUAGGUAUGUAUGUUACAGUUUUUAGGUACAGUUUUGGUUUUCUCACUGAAAAAGAAAAGACUUUGUAAUUUAAUGUUGAAAUACUCAAUAGUAAAUGUGUUUUCCUAGCUGUUACCAGAUUAGGAUAAUCAUUGACCUUGUUCCUGCAAGUUUACUGAUGGUCUGAUCUACAUGCUACAGAAAACCACUCUUUGUAAAUUUUGUGCAGUGUUCAUGUACUAUUCCCUGUAAUUUGCUUUGAUGUAUAGGUACUGUAAUAUUUUUUCUAAGUAUUAUAUGGUAAUUUAACAGAAUUUCCACCUUGUUGAUUCUAUCUCUUUGUACAGUGUAAGGUUUCUUAUUUGUAUUUAAUCUGUCUCUAUUUUUUAAUAUUUAACCACAAGGUGUUAUGCUUUAUGUCCGUAUUAUUUACUCCAGAUGAGGUACCCCUUUUUAGAUCCUUCCCAAUGGUAAUUUUCCUCCUCCAUUGACUACAGUUAUUCAGCUUUCCUCUAUUUUUUGUUUGUUUGGUAGCUUUAUCACCCAUACGUGUUCAAAGUUUUGUAAAAAAAAGUAUCUGAGUGACUUAAUGUGUGCUGCUGAAAUUGAACUUAACUUCACUUAAAUGCAUUUGACUGGUUGUGGUUUUUAAAUCCUUAAAUUGGGCAGACACUUUGUAAGAUUGAGGAAUGUAGUCAUUAGUUGUUUCUUUUUUGUUAGCUAAGAAUUAAAUCUUUUUCCCUGGCACUCUAAGCUAUUUUGUGCUAGCUUGUAUUAUUAGACCCAUUAUUAUUUUCUUUAGGAACUCUUGUGAUAUUCGUCAUUUUAUUCCUAGUAUAAUUGUUUUUUGUUGUUUUCCAAUUCUUUGCAGUGCAAUACCUAACCAUUUUCUUCGGGUGCGAUGAAUCUAGUUUUGGCUUACUUGUUUGGUUAUAGUGUAAAUCUACCGUCCAUUUCUGUCGAGCAUGCAGGUUCAUCAGUGUAAUGGUUUUAGAAACCAAACCAUUUGUGUUUUACCCCCUUUCAAAUUCAUUGUUCUCGGAUUAGCUCAGCUUUUUUUGUUAUCAAUCCUAUUAUGUCGUUGGUUUUGUGAAAACUUUAUGGAGAGUAGAGUAGAGGCACGCUUUCCGCUUGUGUCUCAUGUGACUUGCCAGAGCUUUGUUGUUUGGCUUUAAUAGGUUUCUAAGUGAUGCUAUUUUCUUAGGUUCUUUCUGUGAUGGAAGAGAGCUUGGUGGAAAGAUGAUUUGUUUCUGUUUCCAUUUUUUAUCAGCCUUUGACUCCUAAACCCAUGCUUCAGAGUUGUUUAAAAAUUGUUAAAUUGAUGAUGCGAAAAUUAGACGAGACAUUGACAGCGUAUUAUUUUACUUUGAAUCUAGGGAAUUUUUAGUUGUAUUUGAUGAGCUUCUUAAUUGUGUAUUUGAAUUUAGAUGGGAUAGAGAAUGAAAAAAUACUGAUUUGGUGAAUAUUUUUUAGGGGGGUGGUAAAAGCAUUGUGUCUGAUGCUGAAGCAGUAUUUGUGCGAUCUCUAUUGUAUGUGAGCACAUAUGCAUAUUGUGAGUGCAUUGUUGUAGUCAAAAAUUUGAAAUCAACAUUCCCUUUUACUAUGUACUUACCCACUAAUGAAACAUGUCCAGAUGCAAUAAUUGUGAUAAACUUGAUUGAGUUAACAAGCCUUUCAAGAUUUUGUUUAAUGUUGGGUUGAUCCAUGUAGCCAGUUUUCCAUUCUGAUUUAGAAGGAAUUGGAUCAUACUUCAUGUUCCACAGGUUUCUGUCCAUGAAUGAUAUUUUUCAGAAAUGUGACAAUGUUUAAGAAUAAAAUUGUAUUCAAUUUA